GAGGCUCGGCCUGGGCGGCGAGGAGCGGAUUAGGGGAGGAGGGAAGACCGGAAGCCACGGUCGCGUCCCCAUCCUUAGAUUCGCUCCUCCGGGCUGGGAGCGGAGACGCAGGAGGAGGGAGAGGCUGGAUGUCCGCCCCGUGAUAAAGGGGAGCGGCUGCUCCGGAGCCUCUUCCCGGGGUGCCUCCCCAUCCCGCCAGCCCUCCUCAGCCACCCGGCUCCAGGGCGCGGGGCCCCCGCGGACUGCUGGUCCGCGCAGAUCUUUGCUGGAGAGGCGCUGCCGGUGACGGGGACUGGCCGGCGGCGUCCGAGGCCCGCACCCCGCCGCCACCCCCACCGGCCUGCCGGCCGGUCCCUGUGGCCGCCGCCAUGUCCUCCUCCUCAUCCUCCCCCAGGGAGACGUACGAGGAGGACCGGGAUUACGAGAGCCAGGCCAAGCGCCUCAAGACCGAGGAGGGGGAGAUCGAUUACGCGGCCGAGGAAGGCGAGAACCGCCGGGAAGCGACGCCCCGGGGCGGGGGCGAUGGCGGCGGCGGCCGGAGCUUCUCACAGCCGGAGGCAGGUGGAAGUCAUCAUAAAGUUUCUGUUUCACCUGUUGUCCAUGUUCGAGGACUCUGUGAAUCUGUGGUGGAAGCAGACCUUGUGGAGGCCCUGGAAAAAUUUGGGACAAUAUGCUAUGUGAUGAUGAUGCCAUUUAAACGGCAGGCUCUGGUGGAAUUUGAGAACAUAGAUAGUGCCAAAGAAUGUGUGACGUUUGCUGCAGAUGAACCUGUGUACAUAGCUGGUCAGCAGGCUUUUUUCAACUAUUCUACAAGCAAAAGGAUCACUCGGCCAGGAAAUACUGAUGAUCCAUCAGGAGGCAACAAAGUUCUUCUGCUGUCAAUUCAGAAUCCUCUUUAUCCAAUUACAGUAGAUGUUUUAUAUACUGUAUGCAAUCCUGUUGGAAAAGUGCAGCGUAUUGUUAUAUUCAAGAGAAAUGGGAUACAAGCAAUGGUUGAGUUUGAAUCAGUCCUUUGUGCCCAGAAAGCUAAAGCAGCUCUCAAUGGAGCAGAUAUAUAUGCUGGAUGUUGCACACUAAAAAUUGAAUAUGCAAGGCCAACUCGUCUAAAUGUUAUCAGGAAUGACAAUGACAGUUGGGACUACACUAAACCAUAUUUGGGAAGACGAGAUAGAGGAAAGGGUCGCCAGAGACAAGCCAUUUUGGGAGAACACCCUUCUUCGUUUAGACAUGAUGGCUAUGGAUCCCAUGGUCCAUUAUUACCUUUACCGAGUCGUUACAGAAUGGGCUCUCGAGAUACACCUGAGCUUGUUGCCUAUCCAUUACCACAGGCCUCUUCCUCUUACAUGCAUGGAGGAAAUCCCUCUGGUUCAGUUGUAAUGGUUAGUGGAUUACAUCAACUAAAAAUGAAUUGUUCAAGAGUCUUCAACCUAUUCUGCUUAUAUGGAAAUAUUGAAAAGGUAAAAUUUAUGAAGACCAUUCCUGGUACAGCACUAGUAGAAAUGGGCGAUGAGUAUGCUGUAGAAAGAGCUGUCACACAUCUUAACAAUGUCAAAUUGUUUGGAAAAAGACUUAAUGUUUGUGUGUCUAAACAACAUUCAGUUGUUCCAAGUCAAAUAUUUGAGCUGGAGGAUGGUACAAGUAGCUACAAGGAUUUUGCAAUGAGCAAAAACAAUCGUUUUACAAGUGCUGGCCAAGCAUCGAAGAAUAUCAUCCAGCCGCCCUCCUGUGUGCUGCACUACUACAAUGUUCCCCUGUGUGUCACAGAAGAGACCUUCACAAAGUUGUGUAAUGACCAUGAAGUUCUUACAUUCAUCAAAUAUAAAGUGUUUGAUGCAAAACCUUCUGCCAAAACACUUUCUGGGCUUUUAGAAUGGGAAUGCAAAACUGAUGCAGUAGAAGCCCUCACAGCACUAAAUCACUAUCAGAUAAGAGUUCCAAAUGGUUCCAAUCCCUAUACAUUGAAGCUUUGCUUUUCUACAUCAUCCCAUUUAUAAGAAGAGACGAGCAUGUUAGAAUUUAUGUUUUACCUUUAUUACAAUUUUAAAGCUACACUUCAUUUAAAAAAGAAACUAAAAUGGUUAAUCUAAUGUUGCCUUGCUUUGAUUUAAGAUUCUGUUCUGUAAUAAAUAUUUUGCCUUGAGUAAAUUUGUUGUAAACUUAAAUAUUGCUUUCAUUUUAACAUAGAAUAUCAUAAUGUAGACUAUCUACAACUUUCUUGUAGAUUAUACAAAUAUAUGAUUUCUAAUCUUAUUUUUCUUCCACAGUGAAAAUAUAUUUGCAUUCUUAAUGCUAAUUAUCUGCAAGUAUUUUUCCAUUGUGUAUGAGAUUAAUGCAGGUGAAAGUAUUGCAUUUUAAUAUUAUAGAAUUCCUAUUAUAUGUUUAGAUGUUUAAGUAUGUUGCAGUUAUUCAUAUUAAACAUGUAUUUAUUAAGUAUUUUAAUCAAGUUUGAGAAUAACAUUGCAUAUGUUAAAUUUUAAGUACUACAGAUUUAGCUGAUUUUAUAUUUCUCAAAGGCUAACAGACAUGGAUACACUUGUACAGUAUGCACUCAAACUUAUUUAAAUUGGUGUAUUUUUUUUUUUCUUAAGUCAUUGUCCAUUUGUAUUGACAUGCCUCUGUUUCUAGUUCCAGUUUGGCGAUUUUAUAAAGUUACAACAAUGA